GAGCCAAGAGGCGCGGCGGGGGGCGGGGCGGUCAGGUGCUCCGCGCCGGGGUUGCGUGCAGGUGAGCUGCUGCGCGAUCUGGGGGCGCCCCUCCCUCCGGUCACCUCCCCGCCAUUACCCCAAACUAACACGGACUGACCAGAUCGCUGCGAGGAUUAUCUUACACUGAACUGAUCAAGUACUUGGAAAAUGACUUCAAAAUUUCUCUUGGUGUCCUUCACACUUGCUGCGCUGAGUCUUUCAACCACCUUUUCCCUCCAACCAGACCAGCAAAAGGUUCUACUAGUUUCUUUUGAUGGAUUCCGUUGGGAUUAUUUAUAUAAAGUUCCAACUCCCCAUUUUUAUUAUGUUAUGAAAUAUGGUGUUCACGUGAAGCAAGUUACUAAUGUUUUUAUUACAAAAACCUACCCUAACCAUUAUACUUUGGUAACUGGCCUCUUUGCAGAGAAUCAUGGGAUUGUUGCAAAUGAUAUGUUUGAUCCUAUUCAGAACAAAUCCUUCUCCUUGGAUCACAUGAAUAUUUAUGAUUCCAAGUUUUGGGAAGAAGCGACACCGAUAUGGAUUACAAAUCAGAGGGCAGGACACACUAGUGGUGCAGCCAUGUGGCCCGGAACAGAUGUAAAAAUACAUAAGAGCUUUCCUACUCAUUACAUGCCUUACAAUGAGUCAGUUUCAUUUGAAGAUAGAGUUGCCAAAAUUAUUGAAUGGUUUACAUCAAAAGAGCCCAUAAAUCUUGGUCUUCUCUAUUGGGAAGAUCCUGAUGAUAUGGGUCACCAUCUGGGACCUGACAGUCCGCUCAUGGGGCCUGUCAUUGCAGAUAUUGACAACAAGUUAGGAUAUCUCAUACGAAUGCUAAGAAAGGCAAAGUUAUGGAACAGUCUGAACCUAAUCAUCACAAGUGAUCAUGGAAUGACCCAGUGCUCUGAGGAAAGAGUAAUAGAGCUUGACCAGUACGUGGAUAAAGACCACUAUACCCUGGUUGAUCAAUCUCCAGUGGCAGCCAUCUUGCCAAAAGAAGGUAAAUUUGAUGAAGUCUAUGAAGCACUAACUCACGCUCAUCCUAAUCUUACUGUUUACAAAAAAGAAGAGAUUCCAGAGAGAUGGCAUUACAAAUACAACAAUCGAAUUCAACCAAUCAUAGCCGUGGCUGAUGAAGGGUGGCACAUUUUACAGAAUAAGUCAGAUGACUUUCUGUUAGGCAACCAUGGUUAUGAUAAUGCAUUAGCAGAAAUGCAUCCAAUAUUUUUAGCCCAUGGUCCUGCCUUCAGAAAGAAUUUCUCAAAAGAAGCCAUGAACUCCACAGAUUUGUACCCACUAUUGUGCCACCUCCUCAAUAUCACCGCCAUGCCACACAAUGGAUCAUUCCGGAAUGUCCAGGAUCUGCUCAAUUCAGCAAUGCCAAAGGUAGUCUCUUAUACACAGAGUACUAUACUCCUCCCUGGUAGUGUCAAACCAGAAGAGUAUGAACAAGAGGGAUCAUACCCUUAUCUCAUAGGGGUCUCUCUUGGCAGUAUUUUAGUGAUUGUAUUUUUUGUAAUUUUCAUUAAACAUUUAAUUCACAGUCAAAUACCUGCCUUACCAGAUAUGCAUGCUGAAAUAGCUCAACCAUUAUUACAAGCCUAAUGUUACUCUGACGUGCAAUUGCAUAUUGAAAUGGAGAUUGCAUAAUUAUGUCAGUGUUUAAAGGUUUCAAAUUCUGGUUCACCAGCUUCAGACAUUUGCAGAAACCAUUAAGCAGUUACAUAUUUAGAUACAUACACACACACGGACAGAUCAAAAUUCUUACGCCUGUAAAGGAUUAAAGAUGUGAGAGUAUGUCUCCAUUGUUCACUGUAGCAUAGGGAUAGAUAAGACCCUGCUUUAUUUGGACUUGGCACAUAUAAUGUAUAUAUUUAGCAACUUUGCACUAUGUAAAGUACCUUAUUAUUGCACUUUAAAUUUCUCUCCUGAUGGGUACUUUAACUGAAAUGCACUUUAUGGACAGUUAUAUCUUUAACUUGAUUAAAAAUGACAACUUUUGGCACCCAUGUCACAGAAUACUUGUUACUCAUUGUUCAAACUGAAUGAAAUUUCUAAUAAUCCCAAAUAAUGGAUGUAGAAAUAUAUCUGCUUAAACUGAGAGAAGAAAGUGACAAGUGUUGAAAAUUAAAUGUGAUAACCUUUGAACCUUGAAUUUUGAAGAUGUAGCCCAACAACAGAAAGCAACGUUGGGCAUUUCUUGUCAUAUUUCUUUCCCAAGAACAUGGUUUUCAUUUAUUUUUCCCCCAAAAGAAAGUCAAAUACUGACAGAUUCAUUCUAAAUAUAUUGUUUUUGUCAUAAAAUUAUUGUGAUUUCCUAAUUAGUCAUAUUACUGUGAUUUUCAUAAUAAUGAAGACACCAUGAAUAUACUUUUCCUAUGUAGUUCAGCAAUGGCCUGAAUAGCAGUGAUCAGGCACCAUCUCAGCAAUGUUUUCUCCUGUUUAUAAUUAUUUGCUCCUUUGAAAAUUAAAUAGCUAUUAAUUACAUUAAAAAUCGAAUUGGAUAAAA